AUGGUUCUCAGCAUGACCCUGCAGGAGCUAGUAUCCUUUGAGGACGUGGCUGUGAUCUUCACCCAGGCCGAGUGGUCUUUGCUGAAUCCUGCCCAGAGCCGGACCCACACCGGGGAGAGGCCGUAUGACUGCGAGCAGUGUGGGAAAAGCUUCAGAACUCGCUCAAACCUGCAUGCGCACAGCCGGACCCACACUGGGGAGAGGCCGUAUGACUGCAAACAGUGUGGAAAUAGAUUCAAUACUCGCUCAUGUCUACUUCGGCAUAUUCGGACCCACACCGGGGAGAGACCGUAUGAGUACAAGCAGUGUGGGAAAAGCUUCAGCAAUAGCUCGAAGCUGCAUAAUCAUAGCCUUUCCCACACCGGGGAGAGACCAUAUGACUGCAAGCAGUGUGGGAAAAGCUUCAGAACUAGCUCAAACCUGCGUGAGCACAGCCGGACCCACAGUGGGGAGAGGCCUUAUGACUGCGAGCAGUGUGGGAAAAGUUUCAGUACUUGCUCGGGCCUGCGUAUUCACAGCCGGACCCACACUGGGGAGAGGCCUUAUGACUGCGAGCAGUGUGGGAAAAGCUUCAGUACUUGCUCGGGCCUGCGUAUUCACAGCCGGACCCACACCAGGGAGAGGCCAUAUGACUGUGAGCAGUGUGGGAAAAACUUCAGCACUAGCACAGUGUUGCAUAAGCACCGAUGGACCCACACUGGGGAGAGGCCUUAUGUCUGCCUGGCGGAGUGCGGGAAGGCGUUCCGGGAGAGCGGCUCAAGGACCAAGCACAUGCGUAUCCACAGCAAGGCCUACGGCUGCCGCUCCUACUUCAGAGGCCACCUGCAGACUCACCAGAGGACCCUGCCCCUCACCUGCGGGGAAUGUGGCAGAGUCUUCAGCCACCCCCAGCACCUCUGCCGGCACGUCAGGAAGCAUUUUGAGAAGCAACCAUUUGUGUACCACUGA